AUGACAACAAUUGAACUCGCCGGAUCAACGUUUAAUGAAUACGUCGAAUUCAGCUCAUUCAGCGAUCCGCGAGAAAUCCAAGGUCUCGCACACUUUUUGGAGCACAUGAUAUUCAUGGGAAGCGAAAAGUAUCGAAUGGAUUUUUGUUCCAUCGCAAAUGAAGAAUGCUUGAUCAAUUUAUCAAACGGAAGUGUGGCGGCAGCAAUCGAAUGCCGAAAUAUCACCGAAUUUUUGGAGCACAUGAUAUUCAUGGGAAGCGAAAAGUAUCCGGCGGAAAAUGAUUUUGAUCAAUUUAUCAACUACUUCUACUUCGAAGUGACGGAAAAGCAUCUCGACGAAGCACUCGAUCGAUUUUCGCAACUUUUUAUCGCGCCACUCAUGAGUCGCGAUGCCAUGGCACGCGAAAAAGAGGCUGUUGACUCGGAAUUUCAGCAAAAAAUCAACAAUGAAGGUUCGCGACGUGAACAAAUUCUUGCGACAAUCGGAAAAGAAACGCAUCCUUGCAGCAUUUUCACGUGGGGCAACCUGAUAACGCUCAAGGAGAACAUCGACGACGACACGUUAUACGAAAAAGUGCAUCAAUUCCGUCGCGAUCAUUAUUCGGCUCAUCGAAUGUAUCUCGCGUUGCAGGCAAGACAAGAUCUAGACGCCCUGCAAUCACUCGUGGAGAAAUAUUUCGCAGCAAUUCCGUCAAAUAAUGCGCCAGGACUCGAUUUCAGUGAAUUUCGUGACAAAAACGCAUUUAAACCGGAUUUCACGGAAAAAGUCUUCUACGUCAAAGCGAAAUCCGACAUGAAUAAACUUGACAUCACGUGGUGCCUUCCCUCGAUUUCGCACAAGUACAAAACGAAACCCGACGAGUACGUUUCCUUCCUCAUUGGUCACGAAGGCAAAGGCAGUCUUUGCAGUUAUUUACGACGAAAUUUGCUGGCAUUGGAAGUUCGUGCGGGCAUCGAUUUUUCCGGCUUUGAACACAACUCCAUGUACUCCCUGUUCAUGAUCAACAUCGUGCUCACGGAUUUUGGCUUGGAAAAUGUCGAAAAAGUACUGAGCGCCGUCUUUUCGUACCUCACGUUGCUCGAAAAAAGCGAAAUAAGUGAAAAACUCUUCAAGGAACUUCAACAAAUCGAAGCCAAUUCCUUCAAAUUUCAAACUGAGAAACAAGCGAUCGACAACGUGGAAGAAUUUGUCGUCAACAUCAAGUACUACGAGCCCCAAGACAUCCUGGCAGGCGCUAAUUUGCAUUACGAGUUCGGCGAAAAGGACAUUCGUGAGAUGAUCGAAGCUUUAAAUGAACGUACGUUCAAUGUUAUGAUCACGACAACGAAACCCGUGGCUGGAAUCGAGUACAAUUGCCGGGAAAAGUGGUUCGGAACAGAAUACGGAACAAAAAAUUUCCCCUGGACACAACUUUGGAACGAAAAAUCCUUGAUUCCGGAAAUGCAUUUGCCCGAAACGAACGAAUUUGUCCCAAGUAACUUUGAAAUUCUGCCAAAUUUGCACUUGGAACACGAUGAACCUCAAAAAUUAAUUGAUACAGAAGUGCUUGAACUGUGGCAUCGUCAAGAUGAAAAAAAACUUUUAAAAAAUUUUGUCAAAGCCAAUUUUAUCUUUACCAAAUUUUGCUCCAAAUGGAUCGCAAAAAGAUUGCCUCAAAUCAUUUUCGAACUCAAAACUCAACAUUUGAUAUUUCUACUUUACCUUUACGAACGAUAUCGUGCAAAAAGAUGCUUUGAACGCCACAAAACUCAACUUGAUGUCGGACUAACUCGUUAUUACCUUGUCUUUGAAGCGUUGUAUUCAAGAGACGAAAACUGGCGUCAAAAACUGUAUCAAAGCCAAUACAGCGCUUGCUUGGAUAAAAAUUUGUCAUGA